CAAUUCCAUACCAUAAUAAAAGAAGACGGAGAAAGAUGGAAAAGAGAAAUUUGAUAAAAUUUUCACCGUCUCUCCUCUGCCUCUCACAACCACCGUUUCCGUUCCUAUUUCCAUCGCAUGUUCUCUGAGCUCCGGCUCCAUUAACGGAGCCUAGCUCAUUCCAAACUGCAAUUCUUCCUUUAGAUCUCUCUUCUCCUUCUCCCUCUAUUUCAAUUCUUCCGAUUUCUGGAUCUUAAGCUCCAACCCAGAAAAAUGUCAAAACCCUGGGGCGGAAUCGGAGCCUGGGCCGCCGAUGCGGAGCGUGCCGAAGCUGAGGAGCGAGAGGCGCAAGCUGCUGCGGCCGCCUCCCAAGCAGAAUCCAAGAAUUUCCCCAGCCUUAGGGAAGCUGCCAACACCAAGCCCAAGAAGAAGAAGAUGACGCUCUCGGAAUUCAAUAUGGGGACCUUUGCGGCUCCUGGCGCCGGCAGCAGGCAUACUGAGCACCAGGGCUUGACGCCGGAGGAGAUGAUUCGCCUACCCACUGGUCCAAAAGACCGCUCUGCUGAUGAGAUGCAGUAUGGGCGGCUCGGUGGGGGAUUUCCCACUUAUGGUCGCUCCAGUCUGCCUCCUGGUCGAUCUCGAGACCGUGAUGAAGGCGAUGGCUCUUGGGGUGGUGGUCGACGAUCGUAUGGUGGGUUCGAUGAGGAGCGCAGGGGUCCAUCUCCUAGGGUUUCCAAUUUCGAUCAACCAUCGAGGGCUGACGAGGUGGAUAAUUGGGCAAUGACGAAGAAAUCUCCUACAUUGGAUUCAGGUCGACAAAAUAGGUAUGGGUCGCUCGGAGGUGGCAUGGGUGGAGUUUCAUCUAGGGCCGACGAGGUAGAUAGCUGGGCGAGUGGAAAAAAACCUAUUCCAUCGAGAUCCUCCACAUUUGGUUCUGGUUAUCGUGAGGCGAAUGAGCCUGAUCGCUGGACUAGAGGCCGUUCACGUGAUGGUGACACAGAACGGCCCCGAUUAGUAUUGGAUCCACCGAAAGGUGAUGUUGGUACAAAUGAAGCAAUAAGGACGAACAAGCCAAAUCCUUUUGGAGCAGCAAGGCCAAGAGAGGAGGUUUUGGCUGACAAGGGGUUGGAUUGGAAGAAGCUGGACACAGAAAUUGAGGCCAAAAGGACGAGUAGGCCAACGAGUGCUCACUCUAGCAGGCCUUCGAGUGCUCAAUCAAGCCAUUCGGAGGGUCCAGGAUUGCAGGGGAUCGAAAAUGUGGUGAAGCAGAGGCCAAAAGUCAAUCCAUUUGGGAAUGCCAAACCUAGGGAAGUUUUGCUGGAGGAACGAGGCAAGGACUGGCGAAAGAUAGAUCUUCAACUUGAGCAUCGUGCUGUUGACAGGCCUGAAGCUGAAGAGGAAAAGAUAUUGAAAGAGGAAAUUGAUAUUCUAAGAAAGGAACUUGAGGAAGGCUUAUCUCUCAAUACUAACAAAGAAUCGGUGCAAGAAUCUGCUGGGGACGUACAAAAUCUGCGUGACAGAAUAAAAAAGAAAGAACACGAACUGGAGAUGUUGAUCCUUGAUUUGGAUGAUAAAGUUCGAUUUGGGAAGAAAGCUACUGAGAGACCUGGCUCUGGGGCAGGUAGGGCUGCUGUCUUUCCAGAAAGACCACCCUCUCAAGGAUCCUUUGAUGAGUCCAGAAGCUUUGAGUCUAUGGACAGGCCUCGAUCACGUGGCACUGCAGAUGUAUGGAGUAGACCUGCUGAUGAUAAAAAACCAUUCCAAGGUGCCAGAGAUAGAGGAUUUUUGGGCAACAGAGACAUGGAGAGGUCGAGGGAUAGAUGGUAAGCUGCUUUGUGGAUACCGUUGAUUUUAUAAUCUACUUUUUGAAUAUUGGAAGCUAAUAAUACAUUGGUCUCACCUUUUACAAUGGUUCUCUUUUUUGAGCUCUGGAAAUUGGAGCAAGAGUACUACUGGCCUGUGCCAAACUUUUGUUACUCGUUCAAACUAUGUAAAAUUGCUAUUUCUUACUUUUGUUGAAAUUGAGGAGCCUGUAUUAUGGUUAGGACUCAAAUUAUAACCGGACAGUUGGGAUUCCCUAGUUUUUUUUUUUUUUUUUCUUUUUCUUGUAACAGUCGUUCUGUGUUAUAACAGCUAAUUUGGUUCAUUUUGCACAUGGCCAUGUCAAUCUAAGUUGAUUCAUUUGCACGUGAGAGAUGUUAUAAACUGCUGUUUUCUUUGCCUGAUCCA